UUUCUAGAAAUUUUCUUUUGGCAAACCAAAAAAACGAAAGCUGUUGUUCAAUUGCAAUAAGAACAUUUAAUAUUCCCAAACAAUUCCCAAAAUACUCUGCUACCGGAUGGAUAAGCCUGAGGAGAAAAGUGUCUUAGAGAUUGAAAGACUGCCUGAUGGAUGGACUGGGCAAGCAAACAUGGAAAAACCUCGGCAAACCAAACCCCGGUUUAUCUGGGUAAAGAAGAUAAACGAAGUGGCCGGAAAAUGCGCGGUAGCUGGUACAAGUGACUAACCCAGAGACACUUGCCUGCCAAUUAGCCACGGAACAAUUACGGCUGACAAGUUGUCGCCAUAAUUAAUGAAGUGAUGUCCACAUAUUGUGACGGCGAUCAAUUGGCGAGCAACAUGUUGCAAGUUUGUCACUGGCUGCGCACGCACACGCAUUUGCCUAUCAGAACGGCCACCAAAGGCGGCCAGGCACGGCUGCAACACCACCAGCAACAGCAGCAGCAACAGCAACAGCCAAAGCAGCAACACCAACAGCAGAACAAGCAGCAGCAGCAACACCAUCGGCAACGGCAACACACGACGGUCGGCUGUCGAUGAUUCAGAUUCAGUCGAGUGCCGAACGAGCUGAUGGACGCACGUGUGGCGCGGUGGUUGAAAAAAUUCCAAGCUAAAAUCCCGAAAUCAGAUUCAAGCAAACAGACAGUACCGUCGAAAGCGAAACUCGCACGCAUCAAAAGUGUUGGGAAAGCGUGAAAACUUCUGGCAUCCGGAAAAAGAAAA